AAUUUAUUUUGUAAUAAAAUGGUCAAAUGUGUAUUCCAACUGCUUACACCUUACCAGUGUGUAGUUGCAUAGACUUUUCUUCACCUAUAUUGACAGUCGUAGGCACGUCUCUUUGUUCUAUAAUGGGGUAAAAGGCCUCGUGACACAUUCAAAUGAUCAUGUAGCACAGCAUCCAGCAGGGUGGUAAACUUGAUAAAACACUAAAUUUCAGUUCCAAACGUCAUGUAGUCAAAUAAUUUUAGACUGAGUAUAAUAAUCUCACAGAAAGAUUUCGCUGAUCAUAUUUUCCUAAAUUAUAGCCUAAAUAGUAACUAAAUUACAACCAAAGUGUUUAUUAACAUAAAUUUGUAUUUUUCCUUGUUUUAAAGUUGAAUGAAAGGAAAUACAAUUAUACAUUUAUCAGAUAUACUUUUUUGCGUCUGCUAAAUGUAGGAGAUCUACUUGGCAUAAAAUGAAAAUAAAAAUGUAUUUGACAGAUUUUUUGUGCAAACAAUAAUGUUGAUUUUUCAAAGAUGGAGGGUAGUCAUCUGCCUUUAGGCAUACUGUCCAUGAUUUACUGGAGUAGAAUCUUACUGUAAAUAAAGUAAGAUUGAUUUAAUAUAUUUUUUCAAUCAUAAUUCAAUGUUAAAAGAGUUAUUGAAAUUAAAUUGAACUAGUAUUGAUUUUAUUCCCACCUUGAUCUAUUUUUCAUCAUUGAAAUAACGUUAUUCUAGGGAGCAAACAUGACAAAAAAAAAUGACACAAUUUCAACAUUGAUUCAAUGAUAAUUUGGUUGAUGCAUCAACCUUGAUUUAAUGUUGAUCCAGUGUUGGUCUGCUGUCUGGGUUACGAUCUAGCGAAAAACGAACAAGCGAAAAUAAAAAUAAUAAAAAAUUUGACAGUAAUUGUGUUCUGCGGUGCUUUUGUUUUCUUCCUGCAGCAGGUGUGUAGAAGUGACGUGAGAAGCAGGCAUGUGGAAAAUUUGAAUGUUUUUGUUUGUCAUUCUGCUCCUCACAAACGCCCAACAUAUUUUACAGGCUUUGCUUUGUGGUAAAAUCGGUGGUAAGGGAGGCUAAGACAGUUGAUUAUAGGCUGCAGUGAACCAGGAAGAACUAACAUUCUGUGGAAAAUACUGUCGGUGAGGAUUAAUAGGAGUCAACUCUCAAAUGGACCCGUUAGACUUUCUAACGAAUGAAGAUUUGUUGCUUUUUCUUCGCCGCAAGAAGACUGAGAUUUCUUGCAUGGAUCAGCCGCACACUUUCCUCACACAGCUGCGCGAUCACGAUCUCCUACCCGAGGAGAAGUAUCAAAAGAUAAAAACAAUGCGCUCUCGUGAGCAAAAACAGAGAGGUGUCUAUGAUGUUUUGGACUGGCUAGAGAAAAAUAGAUCUAAGUGUAUGCAUCGCUUCUGGGGCAGUUUGUUCGAAGAUCACAUCCUACAGCUGUACCCCACCCUACGCCUGCUCAGAAACAACCUGAUGGACGGUAGCUUCAAAUUCUCUGAGAAACCUCUUGAUGCCGAAGCAUUACCUAAGAAGGAGAACGACAAAGGAAACCAAGAGAAAGUUAAAGAAAAGAAUAGAGUAAGAAAGAGAAAGACAGAUGAUGGAAGUGGCGAGGACAGUGAUGGUCCAGGUCCUUCAACCGCCUCCAAGCCUGCUUGGGAAAAAAAAGCAAACAAGAAACUCUCCUUCUCAUCACCUGUGAAGAAAGAAGACACAGAAGAGAUUUGGAAGUCGAUUAUUUUUAAAACUCAGCUGCCUGUAACCUGUGGCCAACAAGAGGGUACUCUUCAUCGGGACAAACUCGCCAGAGGGGAGGAGUGUAUUUUUGCAAAAGGACGCUGGUUUACACCAUCUGCUUUCGAGCAGUUUGGGGGAAAAAAGAGUUCCAGAAACUGGAAAUGCAGCAUACACUGCAGAAAAACACCACUCAAAAAACUCUUGGAGGAUGGCCAUCUUCAGUGUCCACAAAUUAAGAGGAGUAAACGCGCAUGCGUCUUAAAUAAUGCAGAAGGAUCGUUUUCUGCCAGUUCAACAGAAAGCUCCAGCGGUGAUUCAGAAAGCAGUGCCGGGACGGAGGAAGAUAGAGACGCUGCAGAUUUUGAAGAACCAGGAGGGGCAGCUGGAGGAAUGGAAUUCAGAGGGCGAGUAGAGGAGGAGGAGGAGGAAGACAUGGACAAUCUUUCUGUUUUCCAGGCUCCCUCUUUGCCGGUCACCUGUGUUUCGUUGACUGGGACUUUACACAAAAAUCGGUUUGCAUCAGGUUUGCGUGGGAAAUGUAUACGUACAGAUGAAAGCUGGCUCACUCCAGAAGAGUUUGUCAAGCAGGAGGAAACUCUCACUGAUGCAAACUGGAAAAGUGAUAUACGGUGCCAUGGCAAAACUCUCAGCUUCUUACUGAAGAAAAAGAUCCUCUGCAUCCAUUCACUCCUGUGUGGGUGUAAGAAAUGCAGCGAUCCAGAAUGUGACUUGAGAAAUGAUGACGUGUGUUACGAGUGUUAUUCUUAUGGAAGUCUUGUGUGCUGUGAUGAGUGUCCACGAGUAUUUCAUCGGGCUUGUCACCUGCCAGCUGAAACCGGAGAUUCACCCGAACAAUGGAUGUGCACCUUCUGUGUGCUGAGAACCAGUCAACAGUGGUGUGACCCCCGUCACAUGACUCAACAAGAAGCUCUGAAUCUCCCAGUGUCCUCUCAAAACAAACUGUACUGCCAUUACCUGCUGUUAUAUACGUACAGAGAGGACGUCCAUCGCGUGUUUGUGAAAGACCCCUGCAGAACAGUACAUGGAUACUCUGAGUUCAUAGCGCAGCCGAUGUGGCUGGACAGAAUAAAGCUGAAACUGGAAGGAAAUGAGUAUAAAACUGUUGGAGAGUUUGUGUCGGAUUUUCAGCUCAUCUUCAGCAACUGCAGCACAUACAACGAGGACAAUGAGUUUGGCAAAAUGGGGGCCAGACUGAAGGAUUUGUUUGACAGGGAGUUUCAGAAAAUCUUCACCAUCAAAUAACAUUUCUCCUUCCAGCUCGGGUAUCAUUUUGGUAUCGUCUGGUAUUUAGAAAAUAUGCUACUAUCUUUCAUCGCAUCCCGAUCCUGUGUCAUUCUCAUCAUGGUUUGAUGAGAUUUUAGGUUAACACUCUGUCCUACAUUAUGAUUAAACGUCACGUUUUGAGCGUCAUGAGCGUCAUGUGACAAUCUAGAUAUUCUAGACAUUUUUUUUAUGGAAGAGAUUUGAUUUCUAGCUUUAUACUUUAUUAUGUCACUUUUUCACUUCAUCAUUCAGCAAUAUUUUUUUUCUGUCUAUUUAAUUCUUCAUUAUAAUGUAAAAUAAAGUUCCGUUUGUGAAUUAACAACAUGAACUGACAAUGAACAACUGAUCUACAGUAUUUAUUAAUUUAUGUUCUAUUCAGCAUUUAAAAUCAAAUCAAUUUCAGAAGUUAUAACCUUUGACAUUAGACAGAGUCUACAAACAUUAAAAAAGAUGACUAAAAGCUGUAAAACAAUAUUGUUCAUUGUUAGUUUUUAGUUUGUUUUCUAUCACGAUUAUUUCUGCUUUAAUGUUAAGAGUUUAUUUUUCUUUAGAUGAUAGUUUUAAAAAGAUCUUUAUCGUUGUCUCUGUACAUUAAACCAGAUAGAAGGAGGUAUUUUAACAAAUAUUAUUGUGCUUCUUUUUUUAAGAAUUAAACUUGAAUGUGCAGAUAAAAUAAGUGUGAGUUCUAGCCCACAUUAACAUAAUACAAUUGCAAAAUACAAAUACUCUCAUUCUUACAGAGGUGUUUUCAAAGUCCUGUACAGAAUAAUUUAUUUUUAAAUGUUACUUUUCAAAGUAAUUUCAGUCACCUGCAAUGUUUUAUCAAUCACCUGUGUAGUGUAUACAGGAAAUUAAAAUAAUACACGUUUUUAUGCA